GAGAUGCAGCAGCCCCUGCUCGUCGACGACGAGUGCGCCGCCGGCGACGCCGUUGGCGACGAGGCGUGCGGCGUGAAGUUGCUGCAGACGAGCGCCAGCAAGCAGGACGGAAAGGGCGCGGCCCCGAAGAGCAUCCCGGACCUGGCCGCGGAGGCAGGGGCGGCCGCAGCGCGCGCGGCCGCCGAGGCGUUGCUGCAGAGGCAGUCCGGAGAGGGCGCCGAGGAGCACACCGUUGACGGGGGCGCCCAGGGGUCGGGGUCGCUGGACCGCGCCACCGUGCGCAAGACGUGCGGGUCCACCGGCAGCAGGCCCCUCGCCUCUGCCCGCAAGCAGCGGCCGGGCGUGGGCCGCCAGUCUGGGAAGCCCGCGCGCCAGGGCGACCUUUGGCUCAAGCAACUCUGGCCGCUCGGCGCUGGCCCUUGCCAGCCAGCCCUGCUGCUGCUCUGCGGCUCCCUGACGGCUCCGCGAGCCCAGGAGAUGCAGCAGCCCCUGCUCGUCGACGACGAGUGCGACGCCGCUGGCGACGAGGCGUGCGGCGUGAAGAUGCUGCAGACGAGCGCCAGCAAGCAGGACGGCAAGGGCGCGGCCCCGAAGAGCAUCCCGGACCUGGCCGCGGAGGCAGGGGCGGCCGCGGCGCGCGCGGCCGCCGAGGCGUUGCUGCAGAGGCAGUCCGGAGAGGGCGCCGAGGCUGCGGCUGCGAUGGUCCAGGAGCACACCGUUGACGGGGGCGCCCAGGGGUCGGGGUCGCUGGACCGCGCCACCGUGCGCAAGACGUGCGGGUCCACCGGCAGCAGGUGCUGA